UUAGUUUUAAAGAGUGAGAUAUUAGAGAUUCAAAAUCUGUAUCUUAUCAAUAUUUUCGACCAAAAUCCACCGCGGAAUAUAAUUGAGAAUCAUUCUGUUUUUUUAAUUGGUUUUCCAACCACGUUCAAAUAUUCCUAUAAAAUUUGACUGGAGGCCCCAAAAUUGCCUGUUUCUCCCUUUUUUUUUUUUUUUUUUUCUCUCUCCUCCACACCCAACAGCAGGGCUGAUCUCAGAAGCUUAGCUUUGUUACUGGGUUGCUGGGGAUUUCUCAAAAUCCUCAUCACCUGAAAACAAAGUUGUGUUCUUGAAAAGAGGGUUUCAGUAUUUUCUGAGGAAUAAAAAAAAAUACUAAUUUGGGAAAAAAGGGGGAAAUUCAAAUAAUGGGUAAUGAAGAAUCAUCAACGGCUAAAAAUGAUGGAGGAAUUGAAACCCAGGUGGUAUUGAAUGUGUAUGACCUAACGCCUCUUAAUCAUUACACCUACUGGUUCGGUUUUGGGAUUUUUCAUUCCGGCAUUGAAGUCCAUGGCAUGGAGUAUGGAUUUGGAGCCCAUGAUUUUCCAGUUAGCGGAGUUUUUGAAGUGGAACCAAGGAGCUGUCCAGGUUUUAUAUACAGAUGUUCUAUCUCAUUAGGCCGGACGAGUAUGUCCCAACCUGAGUUUCAGCAUUUCGUUGAGCGAGUUGCUUCUGAGUACCAUGGAGAUACUUAUCAUCUCAUCACCAAAAAUUGCAAUCAUUUCACAGACGACCUCUCCUUUAGAUUGACUGGCAAAAAUAUCCCUGGAUGGAUCAACCGUCUAGCCCGAACUGGUGCUGUUUGUAGCUGCCUGCUUCCCGAGAGUCUGCAAACCACAACUAUUAAACAGUUGCCCGAGUAUCAUGAUUGCAUAGAUGGAAUGGAAUCGUCUUCAGUAGACAGUCCUCAUGAGCACACUGAAAGCGAAGAUACUGAUCAAGAUAAAAUUCUGCUGCUAUCACCAAAACCUGGAUGUAAUGAUGUUGCUUUUAUCAGGGAAGCAGAAUAACAGAGGUGCAAUCCGUUAGCUUCUUAGAAGACGUGCUUGCUAGAAUGGCUAGCAGAGAGACCUCUACUUAAGGAGCUCUCCAUUUCUGUAUUCCCCGCGAAUUACCUCCAUUUUUUUGUAUAUUUUGGCCUCACCUUCUUGCUGGAAUUAGUGAGUUGUAUCAUUGUGAUUGCAAUCUCAGCUCAUGUUAGUCCUUUGCCAAAAGUUAAGGUUUUGCUUAAAGUUGGUGUAAUUGUUAUUAUAUUGCCCCGAGGGCUUUCUGAACUUUCACCAGUCUGUGAUCGCAUAAUGAUGUCAACCCGUUUUGUGUAUGAUCUUGAAGUGUUACACAAUCAAAGAGACAGUUUAUUAAUGAUUAGAGAUUAGAUUGUUAAAGCUACAUUGGAUGAGUAAGGGUGCAAGUAAUAUCACAACUAUUAAGUGCUCC